AUGAAUGAGGACGCAUUCGAGGUCCCGGAGAGGACCGAGUACCGCUACCUGGUCCAGGAGGAGGACGAGGAGGAGGUGCAGUAUGCCCGUCACAGACACUACAUCAGCCCCUUCCUGGUGCUCUCCAGACGCUGCAUCUUCUUCAUCUGCGUCGGCGUGCUCUCCCUGCUCGCCCUCGCCACCUACCUGGGCUACAUGGCCCAGACGCUGCCGCCGGGCGUCGCCCAGGUGGCGACGGACUGUGGAGAGUACAGAGGAAGACACAAAAAUGGAGCCUACUCCUUUAAGGGCAUGGCCUACGCCGCUCCGCCCAUUGGUGACCUGCGCUGGGCUCCUCCGGCUGACCCGGUGUGCAAGAGUGGGGUGAAGGACGCGGGCCGCUUCCGCAGCAUGUGCCCUCAGGUGCGUCCCAUGUCGAGCACGGGGAAGGUGAUGGGCCAGGAGGAUUGCCUCUUCGUCAACGUGUGGACGCCCACGCUGCGCCCCGACGCCAAGCUGCCCGUCAUGGUCUGGAUCCACGGAGGAUACCUGCACAUGCUCAGCGGGGGAGAGCCGGGCUACUCGCCCACAGAGAAGCUUGCCGCAGACACGGGGAUGGUUUACGUCAGCUUCAACUACAGACUCAACGCCUUCGGCUUCCUGGCGCUGGAGAUGCUGAGAGAAGGUUCUCCGAGAAACACCUCAGGGAACUAUGGCUUCCUGGACCAGAUCGCAGCUCUGAAGUGGGUCCAGAGGAACAUCCACUUGUUCGGAGGAGAUCCAGGGAAAGUCACCAUCUUCGGACAGAGCUCAGGUGGGACGUCGGUGUGGACCCUGAUGAUGUCCCCGCUGGCGAAGGGCCUCUUCCACGCGGCGGUGGACAUGAGCGGUUCGUACGUCUACAACGCGACGCUGGCGCAGGCCGAGUCCAGCAACCUGGUGUUCCUGAAGAAGACGGGCUGCAGCGACCCGACCUGCCUCAGGGGUCUUCCUGUCCGACAGGUGCUGCAGGCUGUGCCCUGGCAGGACUACCCCUCCUGGGCAGCAGAUGACGCGACAGAUCUCCCCACCAGAGGGCGCUUCGUCGGCCCCGUGGCGGUGGUGGACGGCUUCGUUCUGGAAGCUCCGCCUUUUGAGGUGUGGGAGAAGAAAGGAGACCACAGCGAUGUCCCGUUCGUCGUCGGGACGACGGAGCAGGAGGCGGACUUCAGUCCUCCGGCUGGAAACAUCUCCAUGUGGACCUGGGGGGACUACCAGUGGUUCGUGACAGAGAAACUCCGGUCCUUCAGCGAGAAUCUGACCACGGCGGCGUUGAACCUGUAUCCGUUCUCGUCCCGAUGCCCCACCAGAAACCGCUGUCCGGAGAGAAUGUACACCACCAUGGUGUCCGACAUCAGGGUCACCUGUCCCAACAACGACCUGGCCAGGAGGGCCGCAGCUGCUCUCGACAGCCCUGUGUAUCGCUACGUGGUGACGCACACGCCGUCCGGACCGGUCAACGUGUCUGGAGACGUGCUGCCGUUCCCCAGCCGCUUCUCCUUCCACUGCCUGGACGCCGUGGCUUUCUUCGGCGGCCUGGAGUCCGUCCUGGGGAAGCCGCUCUCUGACCACGACAAGAGCUUCCAGGAGCUCGUCACACGUCACCUCGUCGGCUUCGCUAAAACAGGUAAGAUGGGGAGCGAGUGGCCCGAGUACCCAGCAGCCAUUGCCCUCCUGUCCAACGAGCUGUGGUUGUCCCGGAACUACUCUGCCGCUCAGUGCGACCUGUGGAGGGAGAACGGCCUGUACGCCUACGCCUGGUCCAACUGAAGCUUCACCAACGCUUUGUGUCAACGCUGAGGUGAACUCACAUAGACCAGAUCCUGUGUCACCCGGCUCAAAUCCUGCAGCAGCCAUCUUUAAAAAGUCUAAAAACCAGACAGGAAGUAGAACAUUUUAUUGGUUUCGGAGUUAUUGUUUAUUGUUUUGGAGUAAAAACUGUCAUAUUUGUGUUUCAGUAACUCGUCUGACUUCAAGCGUCAGUUCAAAUUACAUCAAACUUAUUUUCCUGCUUCCUGUGAUGCAGGUGCUUUUGGUUUUAUUUGUACAGACAUUUAAUUUCUAAGGUAAGGUAAGUGAGAAGGUGUUUUUUGUUUAUGUUGUAAUUUGGGUGAAUUGACCCUUUAUCAGUCUGGCUGCUGAAGUCACUGGGAGUCUGUUGAAGGUGUGAAGGAAACAUGUCGACCAGUGCGACUGACAGUGAAUCACACGAUGAAGAAGAGAGAGUUAUUCCUGUGUCGGGUCAGAGUGAAGUGAGUCUGUAUGAAGAUCUCCGUCCAGAAUAUUUAGAUUUUUGAGUCGGCUGUUGAAUAUUAAUCUCAUCAUGUCUGGUAUUCUCCCGCCUCACAGGGAUCUGCUUCAGGGAUUCAUACACUCUUUAAAAGUUCAAAUUUUGUGUCUCAAUCUUGAAGAUUUCAGCUUCUGAGAAAUUCUGAAAUUAUGUACUUUUAUAUUGGAGCGUUGCCUGACCCAAGAUAUUCAGUGUAAUUAGAUUAAAUAUAACUUCAUUGAGGAACAUGCACCAGAACCAGAACCAGAACCAGGUUUAUUAUCAAGCAGGUUUUCACAUACGAGGAAUUAGCUUUGGUGUUUUGGUGCGAAACAAUAAACAAGAAGAAGAAAAAAGCAGGUCAGAUACUUUAAAAUGAACAGAAACAUUUUACGAUAAAAUAUUUAUAAUAAAAAUGCGAAACCAGACAACAGUAGCUAAUGAUCCAAAACUCUUGAAUUGAACCUGAAGCGGUUGGGGUUCCUGGGGGUCCAGGGUCCAGCAGGUAAUCAGGUUUUAUUGAUGUAACUGUGGCUUUUGGAGAAUUAACUCGUGGCCCCUGUUGGUCCCUGAACCCUGUUGUGGGAGCUGCCUUCAUGACCCGAUGUUGAACCGACCCUGACUUAAUAUAAUAUACUAGAUAAUGAGGUAAAUGUUGGACUGUUGACCUUCAGGUGCGGUUGUUUGACCUUAAAAGCACCUUAAGCGUCGUCAGGACGCGGCUUCACCUGGUUUCUAAUAUUCUUGACAUGGAAAAAAAAAAAAAAGCGGUUGACUAAAAGAAA